UGUAAAUGCGCCAUGACUCCGUAUGUGUUCAGCUUGUAGCAAAACUGAAUGUUCCGACGCUGUAAGGCCCCUGUCCAUGUAUUUCACAUCGUUGUAAGCGACUCCAAUAAGAAAAACAAAAGAGCAAACCAAGAUGGAGUAUGAGUGGAAACCAGACGAGCAAGGACUUCAACAAAUUUUACAGCUUCUGAAAGAGUCCCAGUCCCCCGAUACGUCCACACAAAGAUCCGUCCAACAAAAACUGGAGCAAUUAAACCAGUAUCCCGACUUUAACAACUACUUGAUAUUUGUACUGACGAAGUUAAAAUCUGAAGAUGAGCCCACGAGAUCCCUGAGUGGUCUCAUCCUAAAGAACAACGUGAAGGCGCACUACCAAACGUUCCCCAAUGGCGUUUCAGACUUCAUCAAGAACGAGUGCCUGCAGAACAUCGGGGACUCAUCCCCACUCAUCCGAGCCACCGUGGGUAUCUUGAUCACAACUAUCGCCUCGAAGGGCGAGCUGCACAACUGGCCGGAGCUCCUGCCCAAGCUGUGCACCCUCCUGGACUCUGAGGACUACAGCACGUGUGAGGGGGCGUUUGGAGCGCUGCAGAAGAUAUGCGAGGAUUCUGCUGAGAUCCUGGACAGCGACGUUCUGGACCGGCCCCUGAACAUCAUGAUCCCCAAGUUCCUGCAGUUCUUCAAGCACAGCAGUCCCAAAAUCAGGUCCCACGCCAUCGCCUGUGUCAACCAGUUCAUCAUCUGCCGAACCCAGGCACUCAUGCUCCACAUCGACUCUUUCAUCGAGAACCUGUUUGCACUGGCGACGGAUGAGGAGUCUGAGGUGAGGAAGAACGUGUGCCGAGCCCUCGUCAUGCUGCUGGAGGUCCGAAUGGACCGGCUCCUCCCACACAUGCACAACAUCAUCGAGUACAUGCUGCUGCGCACCCAGGACCAGGACGAGAACGUGGCUCUGGAGGCCUGCGAGUUCUGGCUCACCCUGGCAGAGCAGCCUGUGUGCAAGGACGUGCUGUGUGGGCAUCUCUCCAAAUUGACUCCAGUUCUUGUUAAUGGGAUGAAGUACUCUGAGAUUGACAUCAUUCUCCUGAAGGGCGAUGUGGAGGAGGACGAGGCCAUCCCGGACAACGAGCAGGACAUCCGGCCGAGGUUCCACCGCUCCCGGACGGUGGCCCAGCAGCACGAGGCCGACGGCAUUGAGGAGGAGGACGAUGACGACGACGACUUGGACGACGACGACACCAUCUCUGACUGGAACCUGCGGAAGUGUUCUGCAGCCGCCCUGGACGUCCUGGCUAACGUGUUCCGGGAUGACCUGCUCCUGCACAUCCUGCCCCUGCUGAAGGAGCUGCUCUUUCACCCCGAGUGGGUCAUCAAGGAGUCCGGCAUCCUGGUGCUGGGGGCCAUCGCUGAAGGCUGCAUGCAGGGCAUGAUCCCAUACCUCCCUGAGCUCAUCCCCCACCUGGUCCAGUGUCUGUCGGAUAAGAAGGCCCUGGUGCGCUCCAUCACGUGCUGGACUCUCAGCCGCUACGCACACUGGGUGGUGAGCCAGCCGCCCGACACCUACCUGAAGCCUUUGAUGACCGAGCUGCUCAAACGCAUCCUGGACAGCAACAAGCGCGUCCAGGAGGCCGCCUGCAGUGCCUUUGCUACUCUGGAGGAGGAGGCGUGCACAGAGCUGGUGCCCUACCUGGCCUACAUCCUGGAUACCCUCGUCUUCGCCUUCAGCAAGUACCAGCACAAGAACCUGCUCAUCUUGUACGACGCCAUCGGGACCCUGGCCGACUCGGUGGGGCACCACCUCAACAAGCCGGAGUACAUCCAGAUGCUGAUGCCUCCUCUAAUUCAGAAAUGGAACCAGCUGAAGGACGAAGACAAGGAUCUCUUCCCUUUACUCGAGUGCCUGUCCUCUGUAGCCACUGCCCUGCAGUCUGGCUUCCUCCCAUACUGUGAGCCCGUGUACCAGCGUUGUGUCAACCUGGUGCAGAAAACUCUGGCCCAGGCCAUGCUCCACAACUCGCAGCCAGACCAGUACGAAGCGCCAGACAAAGACUUCAUGAUCGUAGCGCUGGACCUGCUGAGCGGCCUGGCGGAGGGGCUGGGGGGAAACAUCGAGCAGCUGGUGGCACGCAGCAACAUCCUCACGCUCAUGUACCAGUGCAUGCAGGACAAAAUGCCGGAGGUGCGGCAGAGUUCGUUUGCCUUGCUGGGUGAUUUAACCAAGGCUUGCUUUCAGCACGUAAAGCCAUGUAUUGCGGAUUUUAUGCCUAUUCUGGGAACUAAUCUGAACCCAGAAUUAAUUUCAGUGUGCAACAAUGCAACAUGGGCAAUCGGAGAGAUAUCUAUUCAAAUGGGUGCAGAAAUGCAGCCCUACAUAGCCAUGGUGUUGCACCAGCUGGUGGAGAUCAUUAACCGACCAAAUACCCCCAAGACAUUGUUGGAGAACACAGCAAUAACAAUUGGUCGUCUUGGUUACGUUUGUCCUCAAGAGGUGGCUCCCAUGCUACAGCAGUUUAUAAGACCCUGGUGCACCUCUCUACGCAACAUAAGAGACAAUGAGGAGAAAGAUUCUGCAUUUCGAGGAAUUUGCACUAUGAUCAGUGUCAAUCCAGGAGGUGUGGUUCAGGACUUUAUAUUUUUCUGUGACGCCGUGGCCUCAUGGGUCAAUCCAAAAGAUGAUCUACGAGACAUGUUCUGUAAGAUCCUCCAUGGAUUUAAGAACCAGGUGGGAGAUGAGAAUUGGAGGAGAUUCUCAGACCAGUUCCCCCUGCCCUUAAAAGAGCGCCUGGCAGCCUUUUAUGGAGUGUAAACCAGCCAGAGAAGGCCUGUCUUUGGGGUUAUACACUGUGGGAGACAACGGGGAGCCUCUAGACCCAGGGAAAACGUUACCCUUUGCUUGGGGGAAGGGUAGACCAGUGGGGUGGGGGGACACGGAGCUGUCCCAGCCCCUCUGGGUGGGGUGGGAGGGAGGUGUUAGCCGUGGCGCUGUUUACACACAGGUGUAACAGAAAAUCGCCCGGCCAAUUAGGAGGGAGGAAAAAAUUAAUCUUUUCAAAGCUCAAUCAGAUGUUAAGAAGUAAACGCAGAUUAUUUUCAUCCAGUUCUAGGGCAAAUCUGUGUAGAAAUCUAAGGAAGCAAACCUCUGGGAAUUAUCUUCUUCUUUUUUCUUUUUUUUCUUUUCUUUUUUUUUUUUUUUUUUAAGUAAAAUGCUGGGUUUAGACUUAAUGGGGGGUGCACAGAAAGAAAAAAAUGUCUGUGAAAGAGGUUUAAGAUGAGGCUACUAAAUCUAUAAGUAUCAGUCAGAGCAUACAGUACAUAAGGACAUAGGCAUGGAAUAAAUCUAGACAAUUGCAUGUAAAUGAAGAAUACACAAUGAAGCAACGGUCUCUACGCUAACUGUGUUUUGUCUCUUCAGUGCACAGCUGCUAGCAAACAAAGAGCAGUAGACGAUGGUUAAGUAAACGCUAAAACUGUCAUAUUAAGGAACGAACAGUCUAAUCAACAGAGCCUGUAAAUCAGUCAUGUCUCUUUCUGCAUAUCGGGAAUUAAACCCAUCUUCAUAUCCUCACAAUUGAACCAACAUCUUCUGAACAUUUUAUUAGUCAAUGGCUGUGGACUCGUACAGCUUGACAAAUGUCACGCAGGUGCAUUUGAGUUUCUUUGUUGUGGUGGAAAGUCGUCUUAAGAAAAGUAGCAUGCUUGCAUCAGUGGGGAUGGAAUACAUGGAUGGUAAUGUGCUGCACUGGGUUUGUGUUGCAUUAAGAUUCUACAACUCAUUUUUUUUUUUUCUGUUGCAGUAGAGCUCCUGAUUUUUGUUAAGGAUAGGUUUAAGUACAGUAGUUCCAGUAAGGCCUAUAUCUGUAGGAAAUAGCCUAGGACUAAGGUUGAUAAGUGUCUGUAAACCUGCACAGUGUAGAAAGCCGAUUUACCUGUGCAAACUUUGCUUCUGUGCUGUCAAUGUGAUGUGCUUUCUGCAUGGACAUAUACUAGUGAAUAAUACCAGACUUUCUUGAGACUAUAAAAAGCCGUAUGGUAAAGAGAACUGUCAAGGGCUUUGUUGAACAUUAGGUGGCAACCUAAGGACAAUGGUCAAAGUCUGUUCGCUGUUCUUGGUGGUCAAUCCCCACUCAACAUUAUUUUCAUUUUAUUAUUAUUUUCUUGUUCAAAGCAUGAUCUUUUAAGAUGCUUAUUAUUUUUAUUGUAAUGUAAUAAGCAGGGUACUCAGAAACUUGAUCCACGCAUGUUGGUGGCCCUUACUACCCUAAGUAGAUGAAUGGGUACUAUGUAGAAGAAGGUGGACUACUAUCCUCCAUGACAUAUUUGGCUUAUUGACUUCUCAACUCUUUCAGUCCAUGUUGUGAGAGUAUCCCCAUGUUUAUUUCCCCUUUCCCUUCACCCUAAUGUGUAUUUUGUUAUACUGUUUAAUACUGUGAACUUGGGACAAAAUAGAUCUGGUACUUGUGUGUUUUGUUUUUUGAUUCUGCAAAAGUGCAAGUGUUGAAUUCUUGUAUCGUCUGAUUGUAUCCCAUGAUGAAUAUGGGUUGGGCUUUCGUCAACCGUGUAAAGCGCUCUGCUGGCCGGAGUGUGGCCUGCAGUGGUCCUCCAUAAGGCACAUGGAUAUGUCAUUUAGGGGCAUACCUAAGUACAUGCAUACACCUCUAAAGCCAUAGCAGCCUCCUGCAAAUUCAUAGGUGUCCCAUGCUAACACUCGAGUCCGAUUCCUCUACCUUGCAUGUUCCCGUUCUGUGUGUUAGUGGUGAGUGGCAUAAACUGUUGCACUGACUAUGUUAGACUAAGUUUGUGUGUGUGUGUGUGUGUGUGCAUGUGUGUUUGGAUUCUUAAGGGAAUAUUUCUUUUAUUUUUUGAAGAAAUAUGUUUGAGUGCAUGGGAGCAUGCCCACAUUCCUCAGUUUUCACAUCUUUUAAGACAUUAUGCCUCCACCAGCCACUGGUCCAUCCUGUGUUUUAGUAAAUAAAGAGGCAAAAUGGUCCUAGAAUAUACCGGUAUUCAUAGACAUACACCUUUCUGUUGUGUGUGGUCGCAGUUGUCAUUACACGUGUUUGACUUCGUUUUCAUCUCCCCUACGAAUAGUGAAUUGAUAUUAUACUCACCACACACCAUUGGAAUCAGAUGACAAAACGUAAACUGAAAUUCCCUCUUUCUAAAUCGUCAUGGUCCAAGUGAAAGCUGCCACUUAAAAGUAGGGUUUUCAUGGCUGUUUGGAUAAGUGCAAUCAAAGCCUGUGUAGAUUGAAAUUGAUUACUGACUAUUUUGUGUCAUUGAAAUUUAUAUCAGGUGGGGGAAUAAGAAAAAAAAAAAAGAGAAAUGAUGCAUUACAAGAUGCAAAUUUCCAUGCAUUUGAGACUAAAAUUAGUCAACUUGAGUAUUUAUUGUUAUUUAUUUUAAACUGACAUUUUGUUUAUCUGCCUUAGAUAAUGAAUCACUUGAAAGAAUGGACAGUGUAAAGGCAAAACAAUAUAUAAACAUCAUGGGAUAUAUGAAGCGCCCGUUUCUGUGGUUUUCAUGUUUUUGUGUUGUGUGAAUGUUUCUAAAGUUGUGAUACUUUUGUCUUGUCACAUUCCAGCUGUUUGGCAUGCUAAAAGCACGGCUUAAUUUUGUCUGCUACUAUCACACUGAAUAAAAUGCUGUUGGUGUCCUGUCUUACAGAUAUGGCCGCUGCUAAGUGAUCAUGUAGUUUUCUACUUGAAUAUUUUUUUGUUGUAGAAACCUCAGGAGGUCCGUGUUUACUGUUAUUUUUAUAUGUAUGCCUUCUCCAUUCGAGCUUCCCUUAUGAAGGACUCUAACAGUAAUAGACUGCAAAGCAACUCCUGUUCAACCCUGAAUAGAAAAUUUGCAUGGAUGUUAAAUUUCAGUAAUCUUUCCUGUCUCAGGGAAAAGUGAGAAUAAUGUCUUUGCUUUUAUGACUGACUAUAGUAGACAGGAAAAUGCCAGGUGGCACUAAAGAGAACACCCUUUGUUUUACAAUGAGAGUGUUGAGAUUAAAUUAUAUGAGUACUCAUCCAAGUCAUAGGCUGGGGAAAAAUAUCAGCUGAAUAAAUCUGGCACAAUUUAGCUGGGGGCACAGUGAUUUUGACUCCAUGUUUUUUUAGUGCAGUAUUUACUUUGAUGCCUUGAAAAUCAGCUGGAUAGUUUAACUGGGAAUUGUAUUGGCUUGUUGGGAGAAAAUGCACAUUGCACAUUGAGCUCAUUUUCUCUCGUAUGAUUAGAAUUGGGGUUGAAGAGGCUUUUCUUAGGAAAAGAGCUUGAAUUAAAGCUUUAUGAAACUCAUCCAAGUUUCCUAAUACAGCACCAACUACUGUAAUGUUAGAAUGUUUCCUUCAAAACAUCCUCCAGCAAUCUUCUCUAGCUGUGUAUACUUGACUAGUAUUUCUUGAAGUCUGCCUUCAUACUUUCGCUAACAUGAGAGAACUUCAUUUUGAAUAGUAAUAUGGUUUUAAUUUUUUGAUAAGCUGCUGAAUUUUAAGGAAAAAAAUUUUGGGGCCACCAAAUAUUUUGGAUCAUGCAAAGAAUAUAUAUUGUACUGUAGUAAUUUUGUAAUGACAUUUGUAUGAUGUAGUGAUAGAUGUGAAUGUUAAUCACUGCUUGGAUAUGUACAUUGUUGAAAAUAAAUUGUUUACAUAAAA